AUGGAAGUUGAUGAAGAAGAAGUCGAGGCUCUAGAGGAACCCUCCAGCAGCAAUACAGGCGAGAAGAAACGUUUCUAGGUCAAGAAGUGGAAUGCUGUAGCACUUUGGGCUUGGGACAUCGUUGUCGACAAUUGUGCCAUUUGCCGCAAUCAUAUCAUGGAUCUGUGUAUUGAAUGCCAGGCGAAUCAGGGAUCGAUAACCAUCGAAGAGUGCACCGCGGCGUGGGGCGUUUGCAAUCAUGCCUUCCAUUUCCAUUGCAUUUCACGUUGGAUAAUAGUGAAUGGGAGUUUCAGAAAUUUGGCCACUAGAGGAACAAUGGCAACACUCGCACACACACACACCGACACCGACACACACUCACUGCUUUUUUCCAAUAGCAAAAUGCUGGAGGGAAGCAGGGAGAGCGGGGGUGUGCUGCUUAAAUAA